UUUGUGUUUAUUAAAGGCGGAUUUUUGCAAAAAAAAGAUAUGGCAAAGCCUUUGCAAAAGGAAAGAGAAAAUCGGUCGGCGGAGAAGAAAGACCCAACUUUCCAUGCGUAUACGAUAACACCGGAGAGUGCUCACACUUCGAUACUGCUUUUGGAGUCUACUGAACCGGAGAUACUAUGUCAGACACUUCGAGCGAUAACAAAGUUCUCUGCUCAAGAUAUUCAGAACCGCAACAUGCUAUUCAAUCUGAACGCGAUCCACUACAUCUUACCACACGUAGAACACAGUGAGCUAAAUAUUCGCAGGUUCGCACUAAAAGCUCUAGCGCAGCUCUGCCAACUGCCGCGCGGCCCGGAACAAGUGCUGGUAGACCCGCAGAACUUGAGGAAGAUUGCAUACAUGUUGGUGAAGAUAGAAGAUGUAUUCGUCCUAGAAUUUGCAUCACUAGUUCUAUCAGAGCUGACCAGAGAACCUCUCGGUUGCGAACAACUGGUGUCAGCCAAUAUCCUGAACAGCCUUUUCUCGAGGAUGAAGAACAGUCUUGACCCUGAUGUGCAGAAGAAUUGCCUGCAGAUUCUCAGCCACUUACUAGACGACCCGGUCUGUGCUACGGAAGUAACCAAGAGCCACCUAUUCAGUUGGCCCUCAAUCCUACCACAUAUGCAAAGCAAAUACCUGGCCAUACAAAAAGUAGCAUUUAGGACGGUGGAUCAGCUGAUCUGUCGGUACAAUGAUGAGGCAGUCCAGAAGACUUUUAGAUCUUCCACGGGGGUGUUGGAUCUUUGUGAUAUUUUAGAGUCGCACGAGUUCCAAGACGUUCACACGGUGGUGUUAAACGUUCUCAAGAACUAUGUCGAAACCGAAGAGAACGCGUCUCAUGUAUACCAGUCUGGGUGUGUUCUGCGGCUGCUGUCAUACUUGGAGUCGGCGCCGCUGACGAUGAAGCCCUACUGCUUGGCUGUGCUCACCAAGAUAUCCUUCUCUUCUAGCGGCAGAGACGCUCUAUACGAGACGGGAACAGACCUGAUCUUCUGCCAACAACUCGCCGGAUCCAACGUGGCUCUGCUGGCUGAUGCGGCGAUGGGUGUCGCCAACAUGACCAAGCUGUGGGACUCUGCAGUGCGCAUGGCCGACACCCAGAUUAUCGAGGCCCUUUGUGCGAUACUAAGCGACGACGCAGCGGUGUGGUUCUACACCAAAAUGAACGCGCUACUGGCACUGGCCGCUCUCUGUUUGAAGAUCCCGAAAGCGGCACACAGUCUCGUGGAGCCGAAGAUGUUUGCAGCUCUGAGGAAUAUUAACAAAAAGUUUAAAGACAACCCAAUAGAAGCACAGCGUCUGGUCGUGCAGUGCUACAUUAAUCUCCAGACUUACAACGUUGCCAUUAAAGCCAUGCUCAAUGUCGACUUCUUUCAAGAGAUGAUUAACAUCUUGCAGCGCAUUGAUAUCAGUUUAAAGAAGAAUGCUUGCAACGUGCUAACUGGUCUCAUGGUCGAGCCAGUCGCAAAAGAUUUGUUCACCCGCUGCAAGGGCGAGGAGAUGGUGUCAACGAAUCUGCACAUCAAACACGUCGGGUUUAACACCGCGUUGUGCAUUCUCAUCACAGCCAGCGUGACGGAUGAAGGAGCGGAUGUGUAUCUACGUCUUGGCACUGUGCAUUUUAUGGUUGAAAACCGUUUAGCAAGAUACGUGGUGGGUGCCUGGGAGCCCGCCCUGGAGGCAAUCUUCCGGCACCAUCCCUCCGCUAAGCUGGCUUAUACUGGACAACUGGAUAUAAACGACUUUACUCAGGAAGGCUUCUACGUUCAAAAGCGGCUGUCCACUCCGUUUCCCACCAUCCAGCAGUUGAAGGACAAACCACCGCCCCACGAGGACCCAGUGUUCAUAUCCCUGUUCCAACCCCCAGUCCCCGAAUCCGGGGCCGUUUCUGGCAUCGAUGUCGGACAUCGGAAUCCGUCCCGCGGUAAAUCGUUAUUUCUUACGACUUCCCCCUCGAUGAGAAUGCGGCUGCCGCCCCCCGAUGAUAUCAACUUACGAGAAUAUCUGCUUCAGCAGCGACUUUGGUUUGGCGAUCCAACAAAAUCUCUACGUUAUAUCGACACAAACAUAGAAGACGCACAGAAAGUGAGAUAUACAGAAAAAUGUGACAAUGUUUCCACGUCGCUAAAGGAAAGAGCGCAGUUGCUAGCCGAAUUUGUGGUGGAGCAGAUGUGUGGAACAACCCAAGAGAAGGACUGUACCAUGCCCUCCGUGGCCCUGCACCUAUCAGACUUAAUGAAUGAACUGGAUUCUUGUGUGAUAGGCCUGGGAUGGGUCCGCUGCGGUGGCGCGUUGGAGAGAGCAGUUUUAUACAAGGUAUUGGCUGACCGCGUCGGCUUGCCGUGUGCGCUACACAGGCGAAGCAGCGCGCAUGCUUGGUGCGAAGUCGCUGUUCCUGAGCUGGGCCCGGCAAAUAAGAUGGAGGAAGGAAACUACCCUGCAGGCUUACUCCGCGCUAACUACGUGGUGGACCUGAUGGUGAAACCGGGACGGCUGCUGCCGCUAGGGGGGGAGGACGCGAGACGUGUGUGCGGGUGUGAUCCCUCGCAGCCCCGUUAUACGUCGCGUGCGGCUACGGGAUGCUUCUGCAAGCCGGAGACGCUAAAAAGACGCUAAAAUGUUAACG